CCUCGCAGAUAGAGGAUGGGGAUAUCUUCGCCACCAUCAACCAGAAGGAUGGCAUGGUCAGCUUCCAUGAUUGUCCGGAGACCUACCAAGAUGCUGCCAUGCUACAGCUGCUAGACUCUGAGUUGAAGAAGUGUGUACAGCUGGAUGAGAAGCUGCGCGCGAUGGACCAGGAGAUAGCUGUCAACCCGCAGUACGUUCGAAAGAGCUCGGGGAUGCAGGAGGAUGAGUUGGCCAGCACGGUGAUGGGAGGCAAGCUCGGACCGUUCGUCCCCCAGGGUCUUGACGUCCCGCUGCAGCCCUCACGCGACCAGCCCAAGUCCGGCGCCAGCAACGCAAAGCCCUGGGCGUGAGCACAGCGACGCAGCCGCCGGCGCCCGUCUACUUCCGUGGACCGGCGACGGCGGUGCUGAGUACGGGGCGUGAGUGCAGCGACGCGGGAGCCUGCGCCCGUCUACGUCCGUGGACCGGCGACUGCGGUGCCGAGCCCUGGGCGUGAGUGCAGCGACGCGGGAGCCGGCGCCCAUCUACGUCCGUGGACCGGCGACGGCGGUGCCGAGCCCUGAGCGUGAGUGCAGCGACACGGGAGCCGGCGCCUAUCUACGUCUGCCAGCGUGGUCCUGUGCCGAUUCUCACGUGAUACGAGUCGCAGAAGGAGAUCUACAGUAAAUGGCACAAACUGGUGUCAGUCUACACCCGUCGGUAUAGACUGGGACAAGCCUACGAUAGUUGCGAGAGACCGGUGGCUGUUCUACACCAGCAGGGUCAGUCUAUAACAUUGGUAUAGACUGGUGCAAGCCUACGAUAGUUGCAAGAUACUGGGAGUCGUUCUACACCAGCAGCGUCAGUCUACAAUGGCCAGGCUAGUUGUGCAGGCAUGCAUGCAUUCUUAGUGACUCAUUGUCGCUUCAGCAGUUCAAA